GUCAAAACCCAAUAUACCGUUACACCCACAAGCUUCCCCUGCUCGCGCGCGACCAACUCUAACUUCGCCGCCGCCGCCGGAGAGAUGGACUCCCGGGGCUUCGAUUCCACGGGCCGCGAGUUUUCCAGCGCCACGGAGAUGUGGGCGCAAGAGAUCGGCGCCACCGCCUCCGCCUCCGCCUCGGCCUCCGAAGUCCCUCCGGGCGCCGCCGCUCCAAGCAAUGGGGACGCCGGCGAGGAAGCGGGCGGGGAAGGGAAGCGCGAGGAGUGGUACUCCAAAGGGAUCGCCUACUGGCAGGGCGUGGAGGCGUCGACCGAGGGCGUCCUGGGAGGCUAUGGGUGCGUCAACGACGCCGAUGUCAAGGGCAGCGCCGCCUUCCUCCGCCCCCUCCUCGCGGAGCGAUUCGGCGCCGUGAAGCGCCAUCUCGUCGCGCUUGAUUGUGGCUCGGGCAUCGGGCGGGUUACGAAGAAUUUUCUUAUCAAGCAUUUCAAUGAGGUUGAUCUCGUUGAGCCAGUAGCCCAUUUUCUAGAAGCGGCACGGGAAAAUCUUAGUAGUUGUAUGGAUGUAGGACAUGAUACCCACAAGGCUGCGAACUUUUAUUGUAUACCUCUUCAGGACUUCACUCCCGAGGAAGGAAGAUAUGAUGUGAUAUGGAUCCAGUGGUGCAUAGGGCAACUUACUGAUGAUGAUUUUAUUUCAUUUUUUAACCGUGCAAAGGUUGGGCUCAAACCGGAUGGUUUUUUUGUUCUGAAAGAGAACAUUGCGAAAAAUGGAUUUGUUUUAGACAAGGAGGAUAACAGUGUCACCAGGUCUGAUGCAUAUUUCAGGGAGCUAUUUAACAAGUGUGGGUUGUAUAUCCACAGCAUCAAGAACCAAAAGGAGCUGCCUGAGGAAUUAUUUGCUGUCAGAAUGUACGCUUUGGUGACCAGCCAGCCAAAGGUGACAAAAAAUGGCAAGAGAGGGCGACCUAAAAAUUCACCCCGUAUAAUCCGCUCUUGAACAUCCCCAGAUUAAGGGGGGACUGUUGUGCCAGCGUAUUGUCUGGCAAUGCAUUGUUGUUGACUUGUUUCUAGUCGCAAUUUAGCUCGGUCUACAUUUUGUUUUGAACAGGCUGUUUCUUUCGGAGAUCAAAUCCACUAGUUACUGUCAAAACUUAAUUCAUAUGGCAUCUAGCACCUUUUGAUUCUGAAAUGGAGGGUAUCUGAACCAA